AUGACGUUUAGGUUACCGGUAUCUUUCCGCCUUCUUUCAUCACUUCGUACAGCUGUGAGGAGCAGAGCAAUGUCCAUCAAGGUAGGAGAUCCACUUCCUGAUGCCCAGGUAUUCGAUGGUAGUCCAGAAAACCAGAUCAGUGUGAAGGAUGUGUUUGGCUCUGAAAAGGGGAUUCUGUUUGGUGUCCCAGGAGCUUUCACCCCAGGAUGUACCAAGACACAUUUGCCUGGAUACGUGAGUCAAGCUGAUGACCUUAAAUCCCGUGGAGUGAAAGUCAUUGCUUGUAUCUCUGUCAAUGAUGCUUUUGUUAUGAACGAAUGGGGGAAAUGUCAUGGUGCAGAUGGAAAGGUUCGGAUGUUGGCUGAUCCCACUGGGAACUUUGUCAAGGUAAUUUCUCUGUACCCUAGCGGUCAUAUUUUGUUAGUAAUCACAACAUACUUUGUCUUUAUGUUUUCGCUGAUAGUUGAAGGUGGAAAGGUGAAAGCCAUUAAUGUGGAGGAAGAUGGGACCGGUCUGACCUGCAGUCUGGCUGCAAACAUAUUGUCUCAGCUCUAA